ACUCCAGGAAUCUAUGAGCACGAAUACCAUUCUGUUCAGUGUCCACCUCCUGUCCGUAUAGCCCUCGGUGAGAAGCAAUCGCAUGCUUCACAUUUUGCCAGACAGAGAAGAGGAUAGCGCAAGCAGACGAGAAAAAGAACUAACAAGGAAACGACAAAGUUGCGUCGAGACGGAAACGCGCGACCGCAAGCCAUGGAUUGGCGUGCAUGGUGCCUCCUGCUCGCUGCAGUCCCAAGUGUCGUCGCCGUCGUCACGGCGAAUACCGCCAUCUUAACGAACGGCACAAAGGUUUUGAACGACGGAUCGGUCACCAUAGUCAACACCGUCGACGACAGGGGUUUCGCACCACCUGCACGCUGUUGGCACGACGGCUUCAGGUUGCGCUGUGAAUCACGGAACGAAUACACCAAGAUUUUCUCCAAGGGCAUCAUCGUCGCUAUUGCGUUCGGAGGUAUCCUCAGCAUCUUAAUCAUCGUCGGCUGCUGUGUGUGUUGCUGUAAGGCCUGCUGUAGGAGUGAGCAAACGACGCAGACUGUGAUAAGGACCUCCCAUCUGGCACCAGCCACACCCGUGCACUCGAUCCAAGUUGGCCCUCGAUACCCGUACCCACAAGGUCAACAGCCUUACAAUCAGCCGUGGCCCCAAGCCCAGUACGGCGCACAUCAGCCUCAGCAGCCAUACCCGCCGCCCUACGACCCAACGUACCCUCAGCAGCAACCGUACCCGCCUGGACAUCCAGGGGCGACUGCGCCAUCCACUGCGCCCACGGCACCACCGGCGUCGUUUGAGCAAAUGCCCAUGCCACCGCCUCCCUACGAAUACAAAGAAACGAGGCGCUAUUAGAAUCCAGCGUGGACACACGGACUCUUUCGAACAGUGCCUUAUCAGGACUGAGGACUAUAAAACUAUCUGUUAAAAAAUUAAAAAAAUAGCAUG